GCGGCGCACGGCAGCAGUCGUGUCCCGCCCGGCAAGCCGCGUGUAGCACCUCCUCCCUAGCGCACCGUGACAGACCGACGCACGCACACACGUACACACCCCGACCUACACACCCUGCACACGCCUCCACCCUUCACUUGGUGCUUCCCUCCUCACUGGGCUCUCACCAAGAGUUUCCAGUGAGACACGACCACGCCUGGACACCGCCACCUCCUCCCCGGCCUUCUGUGAGAGUUGAAGACGGAGGAGCACACCCCGCUUUUUAGAGUGUAGGCGUGUCCAAGGUAACUCUAGGGCGUCCCGUGUCAUCGUCUGUACGCAGCGGGAACCCUCGCCAAGAAUUAGGAAGACGGCGACUUUUGCACUAACCCAGCAAAAAUGUCGGGGAAGAGUAAAUACAAUAUUACAUUUGACGACCGGGACUUGGACGAACAAGAGGAGUGCGAAGCCGUGGAGGUGAGGGAAGGAGACAAUGGGGGCCGGCAGAAGUGGGGCCGCCAGAUCGAGUUCAUCCUUUCUUCCCUCAGCUAUGCCGUGGGCUUGGGCAAUAUCUGGCGCUUCCCGUAUCUCUGCUACAGGAACGGUGGAGGUGCCUUCCUCAUCCCCUACGCCAUCAUGCUCAUCGUGUGCGGCAUGCCCCUCAUGUUCUUCGAGCUGUGCCUGGGCCAGUUUGGUCGCGAGGGACCAAUUACCGUGUGGAAGAUUUGCCCGCUCUUCCAGGGUAUCGGCUAUGCUAUGUUCAUGAUAAGUUUCUACAUCGGGUGUUACUACAAUGUCGUGCUGUCCUGGGCCAUCUACUAUAUCUACUCUUCCUUCACGCACACCCUGCCGUGGACCUCGUGUGGGGAGGAGUGGCGCUCAGAGUAUUGCAAGGAAUUCAACUCCCGCAACUGCUCUCUGAAUGGUGGCAUCAUGAAUGUGACAGGCGAGUGUAUCUUCCGCAACAUGACCACAGAGGAGGAAUGGGACACCCUCAACACCACCACCAGUUUGCUCAAGAGCCCCGCCCAUGAGUACUUCCAUAAUCAUGUGCUGGACAUCACCGAUGGCCUGCAUGACAUGGGCGGCCUGCAGGGCAACAUUGUGCUGGCAUUGAUGGUGGCCUGGAUCAUUGUCUACCUCGUACUCAUCAAGGGUGUGGAGACCUUUGGCAAGGCUGUGUAUUUCACUGCAACAUUCCCGUACCUGAUCCUGAUUGUGUUGCUGGUGCGGGCAGCUACUCUGCCCGGCUACAUGAAUGGUAUCAAUUUCUACCUCACUCCUCAGUGGGACAAGUUAUUUAAAGCCAGUGUUUGGGGGGAUGCAGCCAUCCAAAUUUUCUUCAGCUUAUCUCCAUGUUGGGGUGGCCUCAUAACCCUGUCAUCAUACAACAAGUUCAACAACAACUGUUAUAGAGAUGCAUUUGUGGUGUCUAUUGGGAACUGCCUUACCAGCUUCUUUGCUGGCUUUGUGAUCUUUGGCAUUAUUGGCUUCAUGGCUCAUGAGCUGGGCCUCCCAGUUGAGAAAGUGGCAGUGCAAGGAGCGGGCCUGGCGUUCGUGGCUUACCCCGAGGCCGUGGCCCGCCUUCCUCUGUCGCCGGUGUGGUCCAUCUUGUUCUUCGCCAUGUUGCUGACUCUGGGUCUUGGCACGCAGUUUACUAUCCUAACCACCAUCAUCACCACCAUUACUGAUGACUUCCCAGCCCUGCGUGGCAAGAACUUCAAGUGGGCCCUCUUAGGUGCCUGCCUUGUCAUGUACAUUAUUGGGUUGUCUAUGGCAACCAAGGGAGGAAUGUAUGUCCUCCAGAUGAUGGACUUCUACUCCUCUACUUUCUCUGCCCUUAUGGUGGGCAUGGCUGAGGUUCUUGUUGUGACCUGGAUCUACGGGAUCGACAACUUCUUGGAUGACAUCAAGAAGAUGCUGGGCUUUUACCCCUACCCAAGACUACUCUGGAAAUACGUAUGGAAGUUCGUCAUGCCUCUCGUAGUUGUGCUUAUCUUGAUUUUCACCUGGCUUGACUUCACACCUGCAAGAUAUGGUGAUUAUGAAUUCCCCUUCUGGGCCAAUGCCAUUGGAUGGGCACUAUCCUUUUCCUCUGUCCUUCUCAUACCUGCAGUGGCUGUCUUCAAAAUCUUGCGGGAAAAAGGCUCAUUCAUGGAGCGGGUGAGAAAGUUAAUCCGACCCCUGCCUGAGUGGGCUCCCCCAGCUGAGGUGUGCAUCAGACCCAAUGACUCAUUUGGUGCCAAGCCACUACUCAAAGUGACCUCCUUUGAUGAAGAAACGGCACACAAGAUCUAAUGGCAAGUCAAGCGCAAGAUUGGCUUAAACAUAAGAAAAUUUCAUUUACCAGGAGGUACAAUGAAGAACUGAGGUCUUGUACAUGCUGCAAGAUCUAUGAAAAGAUGAAGUUAAGACCCCUUUGACUACACAUGCAACCACAGUUAUGUGAAAAUACCACAUAUCUGUAUGCUUUGUACCAAGGUCGGUUUUGCAAGUCAUGCCAGCCGGAGGGAUACACCUUUCUCUGAGAUGGAGAAGAGGCACCAAAGAGUAAUUAACUAUUUGCUGCAGGUACUGGCAGCUCUCUCACAAAUUAAUCUAGUAGUACUGUAUUUGUCUUCCUUUAUUACAUGUUGUCUUUGUUAUAUCCUUCAUAUAUUUCAUUGUGAUUCUGAUGGAUGACCUGUUUUAUUUAUACAUUUUCCUGAUAUUGGCAUUCAUAUACUGAUAAUGUAGGUAUGUUUUUUUUUACAAAAUGUACAUUUAUAACAUUAGUGAUACAUUGUUAAAAAUGUAUUGCUGUAGAACAAUUGCUAGACAAUAAUUAUCCAAACAUGUAGUAGGGUUACAUAUACUGUAUUGUGAAGCUAGGAAAAAAGUUCCACAAUUUAUUAAGAACCUACAGAAUGAAGUAAAGUUGUUUCCCCUUCUGACAUAUUGUGCACAGUAUAUGUUGUGUUUAGUCUAUACUAUACAUUGUUGAGAAUAUUCUUUAAGUAUAAAACAUAUACUUCUGGUAAUCAACAUAAUUCUUCACCUACUACACCAUUUUCCAUUAAACUUAUGGAGACGGGUAUUUAGUUGAAAGUUGUGCAUGUAUUCUUACUUCCCUUACACUAUUACUGUAAUUCCAUGGUGUACAAAGCCUAACACAAAGAAAGAAGACUGAUGCUUUAUCUUUAACAUAUCUGGAAAUCCAACUUUCAUCACCUGAACUGACACACAGCUAAAGGUAAAGCAAUUUUCACACAUUGCUGAGAAACUCCUUUGCUUUUGCCUUCAGCUCUUCUACUGAGCAGAGAGAGAGAGAGAGAGAGAGAGAGAAAUUGUUUACUGAUACAGUAAUGUCCUUUUGCAAUGUCAUUUUUACUGUAAGCUUCAUUUAAUAAGUAUAUAAUGCAAUCUUAGCUGUAAGUGUUGAUCAGUAACCAAGCUCUAUCAUGGAUUUUUUCAGUUUAUCAAAAAACUUUUGAGCUGGAUCAUUCAGCUUUACAGCAUGUCAUUUUCAAGGCAAGUGACAACAUAUACCUAUGCUCUUCAGGUCACAGCUUCGUGCUGAAUGACAUGGUUAGGUUAUAACUCUGACAAGUUACAACACAAUAACCAUGUACUGGUGUGUUCCCUCUAAUUUCUUGGGUACUGAAUUAUAGGAUCAGUCUUGCAAUUUUUGUGUCAGACAUUGUAAGCAUGUUAGUCAUGUAGAGCUGUGUCAGCUCUGUACAGUAUAUGUCAUUGACUUAUUGUACUGAAAAUAGUUUUAAGAAAUCUCAAUCCUGUUAUUCUAUGUACCAUGAUUUAAUGGAAGUGUUUACUAAUUUCUUAGGUACAGAUCUGUUACCAAAGAUGCUAAGAUAUAUAAUUAAUUGAAAAAUACUGGAGAUUGUUGAAAAUUAGUUGUGUAGAGGACUUGACAUGUUUACUAUCAAAUACAGUAUUUAUUUCUUAAUUAUUGGCAUAUUCAGGCAUAAUUCUUUCUUUCUUUAGUUUCAUGUGUUUUCUAAACUGCUUUCUAAACUAAUUCACAAUGACAUUUAUGUAAGUCAUCCAGUAAAAUAGUACAGUAUCAAGUUUACACAUUUACAGUUAUGCAUGUACAUGUACCUACUUGUACUGCAUAACUCACACAUAGGAUCAUGUUCUAGAUCCCUGACAUUACUUUGAAGCAAGUGAACAUCAACCUUCUGGUGACUGGUACUUAAGGGUUAGUAAACACUUCACUCUCUUAACAUUCAUAAAACAAGUCUGGUCAUUUACGAGUACAAGGAUUUUUUAGAUUUUUUCAAUGGCUUCUUCAGAUCCUGCAUACUCUUAUAACUUCUUAUGAAUUUUGUGUCAACAAGUAAUAGGCAACUUUUAAAAGCUUCACACUUCAAUAUUUGUAAAUUCAUAUACGUAAUCUAGUAACCAUAUUUUUGCACAAUUGUAAUAAUGUGAAAACUAUUUUUUUACUUGAAUAUAUAUUCCAUAAUAACUUUUCAUAAAUAGAAAAGUUGAAAAUGAAGGUGCAAUAUUCACUUCUGAUUUUGCUGUUUCUCAACAUAUUGUUUUACUUGGAGCAGUGGCUCAACUUAAGGAAUGACAGGCACUGCAUGACAAAAUUGUUUGACACAAACUAAAAAAAGAAGUGUGAAUAUAGUGUGCAAUGAUCAUGUAUUUGUGAGAAUCAGGCAGUCACCAUGCCAGGAAGUCUUUUCAAUACAGUAUCAGUAUUUAUAAUGGUUAAACAGUAUAACCAACAAAGUAUCACAAUGUUAUAGCACAUAGGUGUGCAUAAUUAUUAGUGUUUUCAAAUCUUCAUGUAGACACAUCUAAGAGCACAUACAAGUCAAUAAAAGGCCAAUUCUUAUUUUCCAAUGAAAUAAUCACCUUGUUUCUGCAAGUUAUCAAAAUAAUUAUCAGGCUUAUGAAUGCAAAGGCUGCAGGACAUUUAAUUCUCAAAAAUCUUCAGAAAUAUUAUUCAAGAUUCAUAUUAGCUUAAAUACAGCGCAAUUCUGAAUUGCUGGAUGACUGCAAUAAUUGCCUUCAAACAAGGAAACUAAAGAUGAAAUGAAGCAAUGAAGUAAGAACAAUUGGUGAAUAUACAGUGCUUCCAGAAGUAACAGAGGCCAACUUAGUUUAACUAUUUAAUUAAUUGAAGUAUAUCUAAUAACAAUAGUAAAGAAACAAAAGGAAUUAACCUUUACCCCAGUAUUUUAUAAUGUCCUGAUAAAUAAGUGAAUUACUUUGAAUUGUACGGUAAGAAACAUUUGUAAGAAAUUACUAAAGGGAUAUGCAUCUAAAUUCAGGCAAUUCCAUGAACAGAUUAAAAUUUUGUCUUUCUAUUCACUAUCAUGAUAGAUUAGGAAAUGCAAUCUUAGUUAAUAUGCAGAGAGAGAUGCAAUAAUAAUGCAUCCUUUCAUUUGGUUAUCUGAACAAUAUAAUCACACCACUUCAUUGAUAACCAUAACAUUGAUUGUCCUCCACAGGUCCUCAUUUUGAAAUACAUGUGGAUCCAUCAGCCAGAGGUGCUAGUGUUCAAGAAUCAGAGCAGGUCACAGGCACAAGGAUGUAUUGAAAGUAUUAUGAAAGUCCAAUCUUGUUUGCAUUGUGUUCCUCAGUGACAUUCACGUGGUGGAUAAGAAAGAAUACUGAGGCAAUAGUUAAGUCGGUCUUCCUCAAGAAACUGGGUACAGAAAAUACAUCUACUGAUGUACUUUAGGAGAUUCAUGUGAUUGAUUUAUUGUGCUCAGUAUUCUUCAAGGCUUACCCGUUUUUUUUUUUCCACUCUAAGCCAACAUCUUCAUUUUGCCAUGUUGGAAACCCCUCCAUGCUCUGCCUGUGACUGCCUGAUGACUGGCUGUAGUGUGUGAAGUCUGAAGGAACAUUAUAUUUCUAAACAGACUUUUGUAUCAUAUGUAUUUUAUUACUGAGAAGAGAGUUUUAAUCUAUUCCUGAAAAUAACGUGUGUAUGUCAACUGUUGUUCAUUUGGAUGGAGGGUAGAACUAUUGAAUCUCUGCAUAUUUACUGGAAUCAUAUGUGAAAUUUGUGAUACCCUGUACUAUAUUACUGUUUCUGUUGCUGUAAAUAUCUGUAAAUCAUUAUGUACAUAUAAUUCAUAUAAUUUGAGAUGGUGCAGAGUAUAUGAAAACUUUUUUAAACUUUCAGGUUUUAGGAUGUUACAAAAACAAGAUAAUCAUAUGAAAAAUAUAAUUACCAUAUAAACUUUGUACUACUGUUCCAUCCCAAUGACAGUUACUAUGAAUGGAUACAUAAAAUAUCACUUAUGUAAAAAAUGAGUUUCCUAAAAACAACUCUAUGAAGCUUCUUAAGCUUUUUUUCUUUUUCUCAAAUAUCUCUUCAUUGUUACUAUGUGCACUACGCAUGGGUGUUUGAAUGCCUUGUGUAUAUAGAAGUGAUUUGUUUACAGAAAUAGAUGAAAUUAAUAACAAAAACAAAACCAUAAAAACACAACAUAAAAAAAUAACAUACAUAGAGGCUCCUAUUAUAAUGCAGAUGCAUCUAGAAUUAAAAGCACUUGCCAUUUAAAGUAACUUAUUUUUGCACGUUUCCACUACCAGCCAACCUUUAAUGUUACUUGCAUGUUAGUUGAAAUAAUGACAUUUUGGAACCAAGAUAAAUUAAAAUAUUAAUGCUGAGAGUUACCAGCACUAUACAUCUUCAGUAAACAUUAUGUAUGGUAAAAUUCAAUAUUUUGAUACAAAUACUAGUAGUAAGUCAAUAAAUCAUUAACUUUAAAUAGGAAGCAAGUACUUCAGAUUUGUGAACUGAUGAUUUUCUAAAGAGGUACUUUCUUGAUUUUCUUGUGACUUUCCUAAAUCAAUGUUAAAAGGAAACAAUCAUUCUAACUAAUGAUAAUCAAUAAGUUUAGGAAACUUGCAGCUUUUGAUCUACAACUCAACAGUAUUAAGUUCUUUACAUAUUUACUUACCUUUUCACACCAAUGCCAAUACAAAAGCAAACCAUUUAUUUUCUACAAGUUCAUUAGUUAGAAAUAUAUAACUCUGCCAUAUUUUGAGUUUGUAUAGUGACUAGAAGCUGACAGAAGCAUAUAGAAAUAAGGUACUUUUUUCAUGUUCUUUUUCAGAAGCUGAUUUUUUUCCAUGACAAGAUCAGUACUUGAUAUACAUAGCAAAAACAAUGUUGUGAAAAUGUGUAUUCUGCAUAUUCAAUGGAAUCUAUACUGAGAGAAUAAAAAAUACAAAAUAA